CAUGGGCCGCAAUUGCAUCCGAUCCAUUUCCAUCUCUAAACCCUGAAACAGCAGGCAAGCUCGUCGGGCCGCCUUCCCCAGCUCUCCUCGCCAGCCGCUCCCCCCUUUGCGUGCUAUCGGCGGCCGGCGGCAUGAACGGGAUGGCGCGGGGGCUGUCGUGGCUGGUCCGGCAGCGGGCGGAAGCCGUGCAGCAGCAGCAGCAGCAGUGGCAGCAGGCGCGGGGGAUUCGGGUGCAGGUGCGGAACGACAACCUGGAGCAGGCGCUGACGGUGAUGGAGCGGAAGAUGCGGGCCAGCGGCAUGGAGCGCCUCAUCCGCCGCCAGGUCGACCACCACCUCAAGAACUCCGAGAAGCGCGUCCUCGCCCGCAAGAACCUCAUGCUCCGCGUCCGAUCCCAGGACCUCGCCCGCAAGCUCCGCACCAUCCUCCUCAAGAAGAUCAGGGGUCAGUGAGAACAGUUCCUCUACUGAGAGUAAUGUUGGAGGGAAGCACUUUACGGCACUAGCGAAAAAGGGUAUUUCUUUUCCUUUCUUGUCUAAGCGUGCUGAUGCUUAAUUUGAUAAAUCCCUGUUUAAAGAAUACACUAAGAAUCUUAGGAAAAUGUUACUGAUAAGAUGUUCUUGAAUAUAUUCAGCAUGAUUUUCUUUGGGGACCUUUUGCUGCA